CGACCUCAGCGCUGCACAAAAACCUGUGUUGGGGAGAUCACGGACCUGACCUUUCGCAGGGCAUGUGUUUCCAGGGGAACACCGUGAAAGGUCGGAUACUUCCUGUGUUGCUGCUGCUGCGGCUGCUGCCAGGGGCUGAGGGAUGCGAAAGAGGGAGCGAGAAAUGGAGUUUCACUAAAGACAGAAGUAACGGCCGGCUUUUCCUUCAAAGUAUACACAAAUUCAAGAGUGGGUUUGGUGCAAGGAUAACCACAUAACAACUCUGAAGGGAAGGGGGGGGGGAUAUUGCAGCCGGCUCCAAAGAUAUUAUUUUAUUUUCAGAGCUACGCGCUGGAAAUGAAGCUAUUGAAACCAAGUUGGGUCAGUCACAAUGGAAAGCCGAUAUUUUCUGUUGACAUCCAUCCAGAGGGGACAAAGUUUGCUACUGGCGGGCAGGGAGAGGAUUCUGGGAAGGUGGUGAUAUGGAACAUGUCUCCAGUCCUCCGGGAGGAGGAUGAGAAAAAUGAGAACAUUCCCAAGAUGCUUUGCCAGAUGGACAAUCACUUGGCAUGCGUGAACUGUGUGCGCUGGUCCAACAACGGGCUGUAUUUGGCCUCUGGGGGCGAUGACAAGCUGGUGAUGGUCUGGAAGAGAGCUGCGUAUAUCGGUCCCAGCACAGUUUUCGGGUCGAGCAGCAAACUGGCCAAUGUGGAGCAGUGGAGGUGUGUCACCAUCCUGAGGAACCAUACAGGGGAUGUGAUGGAUGUGGCAUGGUCGCCUCAUGACGUGUGGCUGGCCUCCUGCAGCGUGGACAACACCAUCGUCAUUUGGAACGCCCGCAAGUUCCCAGAGAUGGUGACGUCACUGAAGGGCCACACCGGCCUGGUGAAGGGCCUGACCUGGGACCCCGUGGGCAAGUACAUCGCCUCGCAGGCCGACGACCACAGCCUGAAGGUGUGGAGGACCAUGGACUGGCAGCUGGAGACCAACAUCACUAAGCCCUUCAACGAGUGUGGAGGCACCACUCAUGUGCUGAGGCUCAGCUGGUCUCCUGAUGGACAGUACCUUGUCUCCGCCCACGCCAUGAACAACUCCGGGCCCACGGCGCAGAUAAUCGAGCGGGACGGCUGGAGGACCAACAUGGACUUUGUGGGCCACCGUAAGGCCGUGACCGUGGUGAAAUUCAACCCCAAGAUCUUUAAAAAGAAGCAGAAGAACGGGAGCUCUCCGAAGCCAAGCUGUCCGUACUGCUGCUGCGCUGUGGGGAGCAAAGACCGCUCCGUCUCCGUCUGGCUGACAUCGCUGAAGCGCCCCCUAGUGGUGAUCCAUGACCUGUUUGAUAAAUCCAUCAUGGACAUCACAUGGACUCUAAAUGGUCUGGGAAUCCUGGUGUGCUCCAUGGAUGGAACCGUGGCGUUCCUGGAUUUCUCCCAGGAUGAGCUGGGAGACCCCCUCAAUGAGGAGGAGAAGAACUCCAUCCACCAGAACAUCUACGGGAAGAGCCUGGCCAUCACUGCAGAACCCCAGCUCUCCACCACCAUCAUCGAGAACCCCGAGAUGCUCAAAUACCAGCAGGACAACCCCCCUGAGCGCGCCUCGGCCCCGGAGCCGCACGCGCCCAAACUCACCAACGUGGUCAACGGGGAGUCCCUGGAGGACAUCCGCAAGAAUCUGUUGAAGAAGCAGGUAGAGACGAGGACGGCUGACGGGAGGAGAAGGAUCACCCCGCUCUGCAUCGCCCAGCUGGACACCGGGGAUUUCUCUCCGGCCCUGUUCAACAGCGUUCCCAUCCUCCCCGGCUCCUCCAUGUCAUCCCAACUGACCCCCCAGCUCUCCUCUGACUCCAGCACAGCCAACUCUCUGGGCCUGCGUCCUGCACAGGACCCCCCCUCUGCCCCGCCCGGAAAGCCCCCAGAGGAACCCAAAGAUGGUGUUGGUGCCUCUACUCCAGCAAUGAACUCCACCGCCAUGAAAACUAGCCUUCUGCUGACCUCCGCAGCCAAAAUGGAGCCCAUGAAAGCACUGGACUCCCGAUUCACUGAGAGGUCAAAGGCCACACCUGGAGUGACAAUCUCUUCUGCCAUUGGCCUCCCCCUGGAUAGACCGAAAGAUGUCAGCACUUUAAAGGAUCCCAAAUCCAAGGACGACACCAGCAGCGACAGCGAGGACAAAAUGGCCGCCAUGAAAUCGCUGAGCUUCACCAAGAGGAAGGCGGAGCUCGACAGUGCCGAGGUGGUGGAGAAGAAGAAGAAGGGCCGUCCCAGGAAAGAUGCCAAAAUGGUUGCCCCCGUUACCCAGCAGCCUCUCCUGCAGGCGGGCCCCCCCUCAGACAGGGAGUCCGUGCGAGUGCCUGCCCCAGCAGCCCUGCUCAAGCUGCCCACGCCCACAGCCCAGAAGGCCUUCUCCUUGCAGAUCAGCGCGGAGCCCUCUCUGUACCUGGAGGUGGAGAACGAGGUCUCCUCGGUGGGCGGGGUGCGGCUCAGCCAGCUGCGCUGCACGCGGGAGGGGCGGGACUGGGACGCGCUAUUGGCCAGCCGCAUCCUGAUCGCCGCUGGGAGCUGUGAUGUGGUGGCAGUGGCGUGUGAAGACCGUGUUCUCUCCGUGUUCUCUGCGUGUGGGCGGCGGCUCCUCCCAGCCAUCCUGCUUCCAAGCCCCGCCUCUGCGCUGCACUGCUCCGCCUCCUUCGUCAUGGCGCUGAGCACCUGCGGCACGCUGUCCGUCUGGGACGUUCAGAAGCAGAGUGUUCUGGUGAAAAACGAGUCUCUCCACACCGUCCUAUCAGGUACAGACAGCACGGUGUCGCAGUCUCUGCUCACUCCGCAGGGAGUUCCUGUGAUCAGCCUGUCCAAUGGGAAGUCCUAUUGCUUCAGCUCCGCCCUGGAGACAUGGAACCUGAUAGCAGAUAAGCAGGACUUGCUGGUGCAGUGUGCAGACUUCAGAAACUGCCUGCCCUCUCAGGACGCCAUGGUAACCACAGGACCACUCGCAGUCAUGCAGGGACGCACCCUGAAUGCAGGGCGUGUGGCCUCCAGGCUCAGCUCGGUGCCGCACCGCCUGCAGCAGGGCGUGACGCUGUCCUACCUGGAGACCCAGCUGGCCUCCGCCCUCGCCCUGCGCUCCAGCAAUGAGUACCGCCACUGGCUGCUCAUCUACACCCGCUACCUGGUCAACGAAGGCCCAGAGCACAGGCUGAGGGAGCUGUGUAAGGACUUACUGGGGCCAGUGCACCGGUCUGCCAGCAGUGCCUGGGACUCCUCUAUUCUGGGCUUGCGGAAGAGGGAGUUGCUGAGGGAGGUGCUGCCUGUGAUUGGGCAGAAUCUGCGCUUCCAGAGGCUGUUCACCGAAUACCAGGACCAGCUGGAGCUGCUGCGCAACCAAUAGCACUUCUGGCUCCGCCCACCAGCCCUGAGACACGCCCCCAGGCCCCGCCCCUGGGCCAGGGCACGCCCCGCCUCAGUCACGCCCUCCAGAGGGGCAGCGGGGUCAUAAUGCUGAUAACAGUGAACAUAGUUAAGAUGAUGAUGCUAAUAAUGAUAAUAUGAAUUAAUAAUGAUGAUGAUGAUGAUGAUGAUGAAGAAGAAGGACAGGAGGGAUGGCACCAUUGGCUGUGGACAGUGUCGGGUCACAGUGUGCCUGAGAAGCCACACGCCCAGCAGGCGUGGCCAAACUGGCCGGUCUCCCACGGCAACGCGCUGGCGGCCUAUUGGCUGAAACACUAAUACAACCCCGCCUUCUCUGACCAACACGGCGCCCAUAUCCCAGAAUCCCGCUGGGCCUUGAGCCGAGGAAGGGUCCCCUGAACUGUCCCACGGGUUUCACCUCCUAUGAGUCUGUACAGCCUCUUUCUGUUAGUCAUUUUUAAAUGUUUGUACAAGGCAUUUUCUUUUCCAUUUUCUAUAAAAAAAACAAAACCACCGCAAGGAAAAACUGAAAUAAAUGAACAAGCUUUGAAAUAUG